AUCCCGCUGGCUUACAACCGCAUUCCCAUAUCCCGCUGCACCACCAGUCCACCACCUAUUCCACCUCCGGCCGCGGAUACGCCACGGCCAUCCACCUCUUGAGCUCCGGCAGUCCGACUCGCCCGUUGGACUUUGCCGGCACCACUGCAGCUCCUCCCUUGGAAUUGCCGUCACGCUCACUUGCAGCACGCAAGCGGGGCUGUUGAGCCAACAGCGGAAGGAGAGCCUCGGCCGCCUCGGCCCCUCGGUAUUGAAAUAUCUGCACCAAUUGUCAGCACCACCAUGGGGGCGAUGAACCCCCUCAUCGGCAAGCUCGCCGCACUGAUGGGCGAUGAGUACAAGAAGCUCACGUCAGUCAGGAAGCAGGCCUCAUGAAAGCCCUCCUUGAGAAGCUUGAGCUCAUGGAUGAACUGGAUCCCUUGGCCAAGAACUGGAGGGACCAUGUAAGGGAGAUGUCUUACGACAUGGAGAAUUGCAUCGAUGACUUCAUGCGAGACCUUUGAGGUGCCGAUGCCAAGAUGGGCUUUAUAAAGAAGACAGCUAAAUGUCUGAAGACGCUGCGGAAGCGUCAUCGUAUUGCUGAUCAGAUGGAGGAGCUCAAGGUUCUUGCUCUACAGGCAAAUGAACGACGCAUGAGGUACAAUAUUAUUACUAUUUUCAAAAAAGAAGAUCCUCGCACACAAUGUCAUUCACAGGAAACCGAUAAAUAUCUUUUGUUGCUCUGAUGCGAAGGUACAAGAUUGAUGAUUGCAUCAAUUCUGCUUCCCGCGUCAUUCAUGUUGAUCCUCGCAUGUCUGCAAUCUAUAAGGAUGCAAAGGGUCUGUUAGGAUCUCAGUACCAAUUUACUCAAUCAACCAUGGAUUCGGUUACAACUCUCGAAUUACAGAGGAGGAAAGGAAGGAGACCAGAGGAACAAGAUGAUGAACAGUGUCUAUCCUAGCCUAUGCCAAGCCUCGGCCGAAGCCGACGUUCCGAUCCAAGCCAACUCGCGUGUAGCUGCCUCCCUUGUAUAUGUAGUCCAUGUCUUCCUUCUGGGCUGGGUCCUGGUUGAGGCCCAGCGAGGCCCAGGUCGCUGACAAUCCCCCCUCCAUAAAAUUAGGCUUGCCCUCAAGCCGACUAUAUGCCGAACCACCAGGAUCCCAAGGAGCUUGUUUAGAACAGGGCACCAGCUCGACCAUGGAGACAUGAAGAGAUCCUCCUAUCUCAAUCACCAAGUGGUAGAUCACUGCAGUUAACCAUGAGAUCUUCCAUUGCAUAAGAUCAUAAGCUCCCUGAAUAAUAUGACCACUGAGGCAUGAGAGAUACCAAGCUUGCAAGAAACCAUCAAUAACGAGCUCAAAACAAUUAGAAUGCACCCUUACAGCCAAGAACAGAUCAUCCAUAAUUGCAAUAAGGCUGCAUUUCAAACUGUAAGUACUCUGUGUCUCAGGGUUGUUCAGACCUGCUUGCAUCGGUGGUGGCCAAGGUGGUUGCAACACCUGAAAAGUACAGUAGUCUCCAGCGUGUUUCGCCUGCUCAUGAUGGUGACAGUCCAGUACACUGAUCAGCUGCAUUAUAGAUGGGAUUAAGAAGAAUGACGACCAACGAACAGGCUGCCACUCCCAUGAACUAUCUUGAGAAUAAUUUGUCUUCAUAAUUUUCCUAUUACCAAUACCCAUAGACUGCCUCCUCAUCAUGACCAUUGACUCAUUGGACUGGUCAUGUCCACAAGGAAAAACACAAUCGGUGCUGAAACAUGAUAGCUUCAGUUGAAACCUGACAUAACAUGUCCCCUGUCCAAGAAUAUGCCUCGCCAAUUUACGCAUAGAAGUUUCAGCAAUGUGAAAAAUUGACAAAUAUUCACUUGGAUGGUCUUUGUUCAGCAAGGAUUGCAAUAAUAAAGCAGAGUAGUGCAAGAAUUUGUACAGAUCGCAAAUCUUCUCACCAUUUGACUCUGGCCAAGGUUCAACAACUGAAAAUACCUUGAUGAACAGCCAAGCAAUUUUCAUUUUAGAUCCAAGUGAGUGAAUUGCAAAAAACCACCACAUUUGAAGUUCAAGCAUCAGUUUGCCACCACAUUUCUAACGCGUCCCAAAAAUCCACCACUUUUCUUGUAAAUUUUCUCAAUAAAAACAAAUGACCGGUUUGCCGCAGUUAACACGAUUUCUGACAGGGCUGGCCCACCCGCCAGGUGCCACGUCGGACUAACCGUACGGCGCACGGGUUGACGGCCGUUAGGGAACGCACGUGGUCAAAGCGCUCGCGGCUCUGUCUGCUUGCCCCAUUUUCCCCUCUUUCCCCCGUCUCUCUCUCUAUCCUGCGAUGGCGGCGGCGGCUAAACCUAGCGGCAGCCGCGGCGAGUCAGCAGGAGGCGGAGGGACUUGAGGCGAUGGUGAUGGGUUCUCGGAGGUAGACAACUGGCUCGGCAGCAGUAGCUUGCCGACGCAGCGGGCUCCUUCACCGGAGCGAUCCCCUUCGCCCCCUUCGCCGCCGGUGUGAGACGUUGAGCGUCGUGCGGCGGCGGCCCUAGCACGCAAGAUCAGGGCUUCCGGCGUGGGAGAAGUCCAUCAGUGGGCUUCGGGGUUCGGCAGCAUGUGGUAAGAUUUCUUCUUCGUCCACCCCCGUCCACCCCUCUCUUCCAUGUUACUGUCCUCACUGGAUUGUGAUUUUAGGGCUACAUAUAGUGCAUAUUUAUGUUUGUUAAUGGGAUGUUAGAUUUUAGGGCCGUUUCAUUUUAGGGCUUUGUUUACUGGAUUACUGAAGAUUAUUUUAGAGCCGUUUCAUUUUAGGGUUGAUAUAGUUAAUAUCUUCUCUGUAUAACAUGUUACAGUAGGAAUUAUAGCUCUGGGUUUAUGGAUUUAUGCAUGAAUGCUUUGUUUACUCCUUAUUAAUUACACUUAAUUGUUGUCCUGUAAAUUAUGUGCAAGCUUUGAUAGUGCUAAUAUCUUGUCUGAAUAACAUGUUACAUUAUUAAAACUGAAUCAAUCAAGCACUAAUUCUCCUCAAUUAUGUGUAGUUUGGAUGAUGAGAUGUGGGAAAUAAGGUACCAUUUUCAAGGGAAAGACAACUUGGAAAGGACCAUUUCUCUGUCAGAAAUUACUUAUAUUAACAUGUUAGCACUGCUAGAGACGAAAGAGGGAUAUACUGAAGCUGACUACAUGUUCUAUAUGAAAGAAGAGGGAAAGGGGGCAGCAGGGAUGCAGGUUAUUGACAGUGAAGAGAGUGUGGAGGAGAUGCUAGACCAUUAUGCUGAGGAGAAGGUGCUCAACAUAACUGUAAUUAAGGCUAAUGAGCCUAAUCCAGGAGAGUUUAACAGGGCAAAUAUUGUGGAGGAACAAGUACCUAUAAAUAAUGUGGGGGAUUCCAACAUUAUUUCUAUAGAUGAGGCAGGAGUGUUGUUCCCUAUUUCUAUUGAAGACCCAGUUGAGGAGCUGUAUGCUAUGCCUAUUGCUGUUGUAGAGCCAGGUGAAGAGGCUGCUUACAUUAAUACACAACAGAGCAUGACUUUGAAAAAAGCAAAGGGCAAAGAGAAAUUACAGGAAGAUGUUAGGCCCUCUGAUGAUGAAGGGUUUGUUGAUUUGAACUGGUGUGAAGAGAAAGAGGAAGAGCAUGACAUAGGUAAUGAGGAGGAAGAUGAAAUCAUUGAGAAGUUGAAGCAGAAAAGGAAACAGAGAGAGGAUCCUAUGCAUCACUUUGAAGGAGACAUAGAAGUGGAAGAGAUGUGUCCAGAGGCAAAGGACUCAGACACAGAACCUGAGACACCACUUCCUCAAACAUUUAAGAAAGUAGGCAAAGCUGGCCCCACUACAAGAUCACACCAUGAAGCUGACAUUGAGGUAAUUCCUGAUUUCAUUCCAUCAGAUGAUUCAGCUUGUUUCCCUGGGGACUAUGGCAUUAGUGAAUCAGAUGAUGAGUCAGGUCUGCCACUGCCUUGUGGAAGGAAGAGUCAAGCCAAGAGGGCCAGGACUAGGAUCUGGUAUGAUGAGAGCAAGCCAGAUGCUCAUGACCAACUUUGCUUGAGUAUGUGCUUCACUGAUGUGUAUCAGUUUAGAAGAGCACUUAGGAAUUUUCAUAUCAGAAUCCUUAGAAAUUUCUAGUACCAUAGUAACUGCAAGGAUAGGAUCAUUGUGCAUUGGACAGAAAGGGACAAUGGGUGUCCUUUUUUCAUGACUGCAUCAACAAUUGCUCAUGAGAAGACAUUCUGCAUCAAGAAGAUGAAGUUGUUACAUACUUGUGGUGCACAUGGAGAAAAAACAAAAGUGACAGUUGACUGGAUGGCCAGAACCUGUGAGCAGCAACUGAGGGAUAAUCCAAGGGCUGGUGUUGAUGCAAUUUUAAAAAGAACAAAGACUAAGUAUGGGCUUGAAGUGUCAAAGACCGAGGCCUACAGGGCAAGGUCAUUGGCCACUGAAGUGGUGGAAGGUGACAUGAAGGGACAAUACACAAGGUUUAGGGAUUAUCUUCAAGCUGUGCUUGAUACCAACCCUGGGAGCAGAUGCAUUGUGACUAUCACAGAGCUUGAGCUCCAUCCUAGUCCAAAUCCUAGGUUCCACUACAUGUUCUACUAUCUGAAUGCUUCAAAAGAAGGUUUCUUGAAUGGGUGUAGGCCCUUUAUAGAUGGUUGCUUUAUCAAGCUUUCUACUGGGCAACAGAUACUUGUUGCCACUGGUAGGGAUGGGAAUAACAACAUAUUCCCUAUUGCAAUUGGUAUUGUUGAUAAGGAGGACAAGGAUAGUUGUACUUGGUUUCUUAGCCAGUUGAGAGCUUGCAUUGGAGAGGGGAACAAGUGGGGCACGGGCACAUUCACAAUCAUCUUUGAUAGACAAAAGGGGAUGUUGAAUGCAAUUCAAGCUGUGUUCUCACACUCACCUCAAAGAUAUUGUCUUAGACAUAUCUAUGCAAAUUUCCAGUCAGCAGGCUACAGGAGUGAGGAGUUGAAGAAGCAUAUCGACAAUGCUGCAUAUUCAUACACAAAGAAUGGUUUUGAGGUUGCAAUGAAUGAACUGAAAAAGGAGGAUGAAGAUGCUUGGAAGUGGCUUUGUAAUAUCCCUAAAGAGACUUGGGCAAGGCAUGCUAUGGAUCACACAUGCAAGACAGACCUAGUAGUCAACAAUCUUAGUGAAGUAUUUAACAAAGAUGAUACUAGAUGUGAGGAACAAGCCAAUAAGGAGCUGUGUAGAUGGAUUCAGAACUAAGUUGAUGGUUAAGUACCAAGCAGUUAGAGAGAAGACAGAGAAGAGUAAGUGGGAGAUAACACCCACUUAUAUGGAGAAGUUGGAGGAGUCAAAGAAGUACUCUAGGCAUUGCACUGCUUACAUGGCAGGUCCUGGUAUUUGGCAAGUCACUAGUGGGGAGUCUACCUACUGUGUGAACCUUGAUAAGUGGACCUGUGACUGCAAGAAGUGGGACCUAUGUGGUUGGCCAUGUAACCAUGCAGUUUUUGCCAUUACAAGAGUGAAGGGACAGCCAGAAGACUAUGUGCAUGAGUUCUUCAAAAAACCAUUGUAUAAGGAAACAUACAAGCACAUCAUCUAUCCUGUACCAGGGCCUGACUGUUGGCCUAAGACACCAACUGCUGACAUAGAUCCACCAGUGUUCAAAGAGAAGAAGGGCAGGAAGCAAACAGCUAGAGGAAGGGGCAAUUUGAGGUCCCAACAAGGAAGGAUACAUCAAGGAUGGCAACUAUCACCUGCAGCAACUGCAAGAUGCAGAAACAUAGGUACACCUAUUGCCCUCAGCCCCUGAAGCCUCAUCUUCAAGCAAGAAAGGACAAGCACAAGACAACCAGAACUCACUACCAUGAAGCUGGGGGAAGUUCUACUGCUACUGCCUAGCCUGCAACCAGUGCACCACCUGCUGCAACUACUAGGGGAAGAAGAACAACUUCUGGUAGUCCUGCCCAGCCUGCUGCAUCUACCAGGGGAAGAAAAACAACUGCUGCUGCUAUUGGUCCUGCCCAGCCUGCUGCUUCUACAAGGCCAAGAAGAACAGCUACUACUACUACUCCUUCCCAGGCUUCCACAAGAGCUUCAGGUUCAAGCAAUGCACCCAGCAGGAGAGGUGGAAGGCCCUACAUGGCACCUAGGGCUGCAACUACAACAGAGGGAGCAACAGUAGGGUCCAAAAGGAAGAGGUUCCAGAACACCAGGAUGAGUGGUUACUUUUAUGCCAGUGGCAACUAGUUAGUGCACAAUUUGGUUGUUGUCUUUUGAACUACCUACCUUAAGUAUUUCUAAAUUUUAGAAACUAUGCCUGAGAACUGCUAUGUGUAAUCAGUAUUUAGCUUGAGAACUUGUUUAUGUUAGCAGUAUUUAGCUUGAGAACUAUUAUGGCUGAGAACUAUUAUGGUUGGGAACUAUUAUGGUUCAGAACAAUUUACU